AUGCAUGCCGUCACAAUUUCCUUCCCUCUCAUCCCCUACUUGCCCACCGCGUUCUCUGGCUCCACUCUCUGCGCAACACGGAGCUCGUACUGGGACUGCGGGUGCGGCUCUUUCGAGUGUACCUGGCUGGCGCUGUUGCAGUGCACAGACGGCGCAGGGAACCUCAUCGCUCUUCCGCUUUGCAAGCCCUCUCCUAGCUCAACGGAUGAAAGUUUGCUCGUCGGCACGCGCAAAGACGUCUGCAUGGACUGUAAGCGCUACUUCCGCAUCUGGGGCCUCCUCUAUGCAAGUGUACGCGCCAUGGGCACCGACAUCUUUAUCACGUCCCUCAUCAUUCGCCGCAUCCCGCUUGAUCAGGGGCUCAGCAGCGCAGCCCCUCUCCGCAUCCGGCGUAUCCUCAUUCAGUCCUGGUGCAAGGCCAUGCUAGACGCCCAAGGGUAUGAACUUUCUCUCCACAGGGAGACUGUUGACGUGCACACCCAUGAUCAUGUCCUGACUCUGCGGCUCAAAGGCAGCGCCGGAGCUGCUCCAAGUCUCAUCCCCCGCAUGGAGGAGAUCGAGGUACACAUUGCUCAAGGAGACCGCACCAAUGGUCCGUGCGCACCUCCGCUCUGA